GCAGCUAUGAAUGAACACAGUGCUAACCGCUGGUAGUGUGUAUAUUGUGAAUUACGCCCACAUAUACACCACGCAACUCAUUGACACGUAGCUUUAUAAUAUUUUGAUUCACAGCGCUUCCACCUGAAAUGGGAUACCAUGACUUUUACUGCUCUUUUUAAUUUAAUUAAACAGAGUAGAAAGCGUUAUAUUGGUUGCUAGCUAGCAAGUCAUCUCUGUAGCCUAACUUCCUAAAGUGUCCGUCGGCCAAACCAUGAAGGUCCGCUCGUCUGUUUUUGCCUCCUUUAUUUUAAUAUUCGAAGUGAUUGGCAUUGCCCUUUUCCUGCGGGGAUUUUUCCCCGUACCUGUCAAGUCUUCUUUCUCAUCCAAGAGCAAGCUGUCAGAUCUGCCAGCCGAGCCGCUGACAGGAAGCGCUCCUAAUUCAUCUCGCCUCCCGCAGCCCCUGUUUAAAAGGGUGGUUAUUAUGUUAGUGGAUGCCCUCCGAGAGGACUUUGUGUUUGGACCCAAUGGUCGUAUGUAUAUGCCCUACACAAGGCACGUGGUGGAAAGAGGCUCAUCACACAGCUUUGUGGCCAAGGCGAGACCACCUACAGUCACUAUGCCCAGGAUCAAGGCUCUUACCACUGGCAGUAUCCCAGGCUUCAUUGAUGUGGUAAUGAACCUAAAUUCUCCUGCACUGUUGGAAGACAACCUCAUUUGGCAAGCCAAAACUGCAGGGAAGAGGAUAGUAUUCUACGGGGAUGACACCUGGGUGCGCCUUUUCCCAAAACACUUCAUGGAAUAUGAUGGCACAACUUCCUUUUUCGUGUCUGACUACACUGAGGUUGACAACAAUGUAACCCGUCACUUGGACAGCACCUUAAAGAGAGAUGACUGGGACAUUUUAAUCCUCCACUACCUAGGCCUGGACCACAUUGGUCAUAUGAGUGGACCGUAUAGCUCACUCAUCCAACCCAAACUGAUGGAGAUGGACGACAUCCUGAAGAAGAUCCAUAGUGCUCUCAUUUCAAAGGAAGUCGAGGGAUCCUUGCCUUACCUGCUGGUGUUGUGUGGAGACCACGGCAUGUCGGAGACCGGCAGCCACGGAGGCUCUUCGGAGCCGGAAGUCAGUACACCUUUGGUUCUCAUAAGUCCAGCCUUCAAAAGAAAAGCGGGAAUGGAGAAACCAGGAGUGGUGGAGCAGGUUGACCUAACCCCAACCCUGGCCUUAGGCCUUGGCCUGCCCAUAUCUCAGAACAGCGUUGGCCGCGUGAUCCAGAGUGUCUUGGAGGAAACCUCACUGCGAGACCAGCUGCGCUUCCUGCAUCUCAAUGGCCACCAGCUCAGCUGCUUGCUCAAAGACAGCAUAUCCGACUAUGAGAAAGAGGUGGGAUUUGAGCAGUUUCGUGUGGCAGAAAAGGCUCACGGGAACUGGAUGAAGCUUUACCUGGAAGGAAACACCUCCGAGGUGCUGACCAACGUGGGCAAAAAGGUCCUGAGGCAGUAUCUGGAGGCCCUAGCUGCCAUGAGCGCUGCUCUGAGCAAACAGCUGGGCAAGUAUGACAUGUACUCCAUGAUUGCAGGCAUGGUGUUUGUCUUUCAGCUCCUGUUGGUCUUACUGCUGGCUAUGCCUGAAGCCCUCAGCAGUGCCGCAGCAGUGGACCUCCCCAUCCUCUCAGCCCUGCUCUCCCUGCCUUUUUACCUCUUGUGCCUACUUCUUGCCUCAGUGCACGUCUUGGUGUGCACAUCUGCUGGGAGCUCCUGUUACUUCUGCAGCCUCUCCUGGGGUCUCGUGUUUGCUGCCGUUGCCUUCUCCUCAGCAAUGUUUUGUAUUCUGGUCUCUAUAGCAACACGAAGACUCCCCCUGGGUGCAAAGAUUCAUGGGAAGUCUCCUCUGAGGAGCAGUGAGGUUGACUGGUCGCUGUCAGAGCUGGAUGUUUUGCUGCUGGCCGGCACCGUCGGUCACACUCUCAGCCUGGCGGCCAGCAGUUUCGUAGAGGAAGAGCACCAAACCUGGUACUUUCUGCUCAACACGCUCUGCCUCACCGUGUUCCAGGAUGUCUGCCGCAAGUACUUCAGAGAGAAGAGGGGCUCUGGAGAUGACGAAGAGCAUAUCCUCCCUUCCAAAGACCGUCAUCCCUCCGCUCACCCCAAAGCAGAGAUUUUCUCAGAGAAGUGGUUAGCGUUAGCCACGCCACCAUUCACUCUGCUCUGCUGCCGGCUACUGCGCUCCCUCAACCAAACUGGGGUGCAGUGGGCUCAUAUCCCUGACGUUGGGCAUUGGCUCAACAGCUCUGAGCACAAGGUGGUCCUCUCCCUGCUGUCCGCUUUCUGUUUGGUUCUCAUCUACUUCCUGGUUCAAAGACGGUGCUCGUGGGUCUCGAAGGUCGCCCUCGCCCUCGGGCUUUUGGGUGUGUACAGCUAUCGGGCAGCUGUCGGCAACGUCCUGUUUCCCUGGCAUCAUUCUGGUCGAACUAUGUCCAAGGGCACGGUGGAAGCUCGCUUUGUUUACGUCUUCAUUUUGGGGAUCCUCUUCUCAGGCACCAAGGACCUGUUGCGAUCCCAGAUCAUCACAGCAGAUACCAAACUGAAGAGCAGGGGAUUAUGGGAGAUUUACAGUGGCUUGGUUUUGUUGGUUUCGCUGCUCUUCCGUGCUCACAACCUGCCAGUCCUCUGCUGCUGCCUGCUGAUCCAGACGCUCAUGGCUCAGUUUAUCUGGAAGAAACUCCACUAUGAUGCCGCCCAGACUACCAUCAUGCACUACUGGUUUGGUCAGGCCUUCUUUUACUUUCAGGGGAAUUCCAACAACAUAGCCACUGUCGACAUUUCAGUUGGAUUCGUUGGACUGGAAAGCUACAUAGAAGCACCUGCCAUCUUCUUAACAGCGCUCAGCACUUAUGCAGGCCCGCUGCUCUGGGCGUGUCACCUCGUCUGCUACCUUAGCUCGGAGAGAGUCCGGAGCCCGGUUGCAGUCGGCCAUGGUUGCUACUGUUUGGCCCUGCUGAGGUCUGUGCCAGCCGCAGCCUACAUAGUGCUGGUAACUGUUCUGCGCUAUCAUCUCUUCAUAUGGAGUGUCUUUUCACCCAAAUUACUGUACGAAUCCAUGCAUCUCCUGCUGACUGCAGGAGUCUGUCUCUUCUUCAUCACCAUGGAACAAAGCCCCAGCUCAAGUAAGUCUUAGGAAGCCAAAGACUGAAAAUCCCCCCUAAAGGAUCAGACUUGGUCUUAUACUGUGUGGGACUUUCAGCCUGAUCCACGCUACAGUGUACUCACCUUCACUCUCUAAGUUAAUUCUGUUCACAUUAUGUGAAUAGAUGUUUGUGAACUCUGUUGCAAAAAAUACUUCGGGGAUGCACUUUUAAUGUAUUUUUG